AAAGGGUGAAUGGCACUGGCUCUGCGCGGGUUCAAGGGUUCCUGAGGGAGGAGCAGGGAGCACAGUGCCUGGACCUGUCACACAACCCCACAGAGGGCUCCCACCAAGGCACGGGACUGUUCUCCCAGCUGCAGACACCAGCACAGGCCCUUGAGUCGUUCCGGGAACACGCCAAGGAAUCAGCUCAACUGGUGCCAAGGUGCAGCUGGCUCUGGGGUGGGAGAGCCAAGUAAUAGUCUCACCCUGCUCCCUGCAGAGCUGAGCCUCCCAUUACCGGCUGAGGCGCUGGAGACGCCUGACUUUCAGGAGAGAGGACCCCCACACUGCUCCCUGCAGCACAGCUCCCCUAGUAGCGCAUAGGGACCAACACUGACACCGGGAGGUCUGUCUCUGUCCCUGCCCUGCCAUGGCGCGUGAAUACUUCACCCACAAGGGGGUACUGUUCCCAUGCCUGGAUUACUCCCCCAAGGAGCUGAGCUACGUGGAGAACGAAUUCCAGGUGCGGGACGACGACAUCUUCAAUGUCACCUACCCCAAGUCAGGCACUAACUGGAUGCUGGAGAUCCUGAAACGUCACAGAGGGGACUUAGGUGGAAGUAGUGCUUGUUUUGUGCCACGGCCCCGGCACCUCUGGGCCUGGCAGUUCAGAGCUCCAGCACCUUUGGGCCUGGCAGUUCAGAGCCCCAGCACCUCUGGGCUGGCUGCAUCAGUUAUGCAUGUAAAAAAAUUGCUUGAGCCGUGGCACCACUUUAAUUAUAAAUUAAACAGUGGGUGGAGGGGCCCAAGGGGGGCAGCUCUGGGGUCACCGUGCCGCUCUCUCUCCUGCACAGUGGCCUACAGCUCCUGGUUCGACCACGUCACCGGCUGGAUGGGGCUGACGGGCAACGAGAACUUCUUCUCCAUCACCUACGAGGAGCUGCAGCAGGAUCUGCGGGGCAGCGUGCGGAGAAUCUGCCACUUCCUGGGGAAGGAGCUGAGUGAGGAGCAAGUGGCCGCGGUGGUGGAGAACGCCUCCUUCCAGAGCAUGAAGGGGAACAAAAUGUCCAACUACUCGCAGCUGAGUGACGAGUACAUGGACCACCAGAACGGGGAGUUCCUGAGGAAAGGUGAGUCCAGGCCUGGGCUCAGGGCCGGGGCCCGAUUC